AUGUCCAUCGACUUCCCGAAGGCCGAGAUCGCCGUCAUUGAGAAGUGGCGGGAGAUCAAGGCUUUCGAGCGUCAGGUCGAGCUCUCCGAAGGUAAACCGCGAUACACCUUCUACGAUGGCCCUCCCUUUGCGACGGGUCUGCCCCAUUACGGCCACCUGCUCGCCAGCACCAUAAAGGAUAUCAUCCCGAGAUAUUGGUCCAUGAAGGGAUACCACGUGGAGCGAAGGUUCGGCUGGGAUACCCAUGGAAUCCCCAUCGAGCACGAGAUCGACAAGAAGUUUGGAAUUUCCGGCAAGCAAGCUGUCAUGGAGUUUGGCCUGGCCAAGUACAACGAGGAAUGCCGAUCUAUCGUCAUGCGAUUUCGCGGCGAAUGGCGACACACCAUCGAGCGCUUGGGUCGAUGGAUCGAUUUCGACAACGACUACAAGACGAUGGACCCUACCUUCAUGGAGUCUGAAUGGUGGGCUUUCAAGCAGUUGUUCGACAAGGGUAUGGUAUAUCAGGGACACCGAGUCAUGCCUUACUCGACAGUCCUCACCACGGCUCUGAGUAACUUCGAGGCGAACCAGAACUAUCAGGAUGUCACGGAUCCCGCCGUCGUGGUUUCCUUCCCGUUAGUGACGGACCCGAAGACCCAUCUCUUGGCAUGGACCACGACACCUUGGACUCUGCCGUCCAACCUGGGGCUCGCUAUGCAUCCCGAAUUCGAGUACGUCAAGAUCUUCGAUGAGAAGUCUGGUAACAACUAUAUCCUGCUGGAGAAGUUGUUAACUACCCUUUACAAGGACCCAAAGAAGGCCAAGUUCAAGAUAUUGAAGAAAAUAAAGGGCAAGGACAUGCUAGGAUGGAAGUACGAGCCGCUGUUCGACUACUUCAAGGAGGACUUCAAGGAGGUCGCCUACAAAGUCCUUAACGCUACGUAUGUCACUGACGACAGCGGUACCGGCAUUGUACACCAAGCGCCCGCGUUCGGUGAGGAUGAUUACAACGUCGCUCUGGAGGCUGGCAUCGUCAACGAGAAUCGGCCUCCUCCCGACCCAGUAGACGACCGAGGCAUAUUCACUGCGAAGGUCCGCGACUUUGCUGGCCUCCACGUCAAAGAGGCUGAUAAGCAGAUCAUCAAAUUCCUCAAGGGUACUGGCAGACUGGUGGCCGACACGCAACUGCGACAUUCGUACCCCAUGUGCCCCAGAUCCGAUACGCCACUUAUCUACCGAGCUGUACCAUCAUGGUUCAUCCGCAUAACGGAUAUCGUGCCGCAGAUGUUGAAGAAUAUUGAGGGUACACAUUGGACACCAAGCUUUGUGAAGGAGAACCGCUUUGCCAACUGGAUCGCCAAUGCGCGCGACUGGAACGUCUCGAGGAACCGAUAUUGGGGAACCCCUAUUCCCCUGUGGGUCAGCGAUGACUUGACCGAGCGAGUCUGCAUUGGCAGUGUGGCAGAGCUCAAAGAGCUGAGUGGAUACACGGGCGAACUGACGGAUUUACAUCGCGACAAGGUCGAUCACAUCACUAUUCCCAGCAAGAAGGGCAAUGGAGUUUUGAGACGUGUGGAGGAGGUCUUCGACUGCUGGUUCGAGUCGGGCAGUAUGCCCUACGCCAGUCAGCAUUACCCGUUCGAGAACAAGGAGAAGUUCGCCGAGUCCUUCCCUGGUGAAUUCAUCGCUGAAGGUCUGGAUCAAACGCGAGGAUGGUUCUACACCAUGCUUGUGAUGGGGACCCAUCUCUUCGGUGUUUCGCCAUUCAAGAACUGUGUUGUGAAUGGUAUUGUUCUUGCUGAAGAUGGCAAGAAGAUGUCCAAGAGGUUGAAGAACUACCCCGAUCCAGCCAUCGUCAUGGAAAAGUACGGUUCAGACGCACUCCGGCUUUAUAUGAUCAAUUCACCUGUCGUCAGAGCGGAGCCCCUGCGUUUCAAAGAGGCCGGUGUCAAAGAGGUUGUUCAGAAGGUGCUUCUUCCUCUCUGGAACAGUUACAAGUUCUUCGAGGGCCAGGUUGCGUUGCUCAAGAAGGUCGAAGAUAAGGACUACUUUUUCGAUCCCAAGAUGGAAAGUUCGAACUCGAACGUGAUGGAUCGAUGGAUUCUUGCGAGUUGUCAGAGCCUUCUACAAUUCGUCAACCAAGAGAUGGCUGGCUACCGAUUGUACACCGUCGUUCCCAGGCUACUCGGUCUUAUAGACGAUACGACGAAUUGGUACAUCCGAUUCAACCGGAAACGGCUGAAGGGCGAACAUGGUAUAGACGACACCAUCCACGCGCUGAACACGCUCUUCGAGGUUCUCUUCACCCUUUGCAAAGGGCUGGCCCCAUUCACCCCGUUCAUAACAGAAACCAUCUACUCGAAGCUCCUACCUCACAUCCCCAAGGAGAUGCAGGCCGAGGAUCCUCGAAGUGUACACUUCCUCCCCUACCCCGAUGUUCGACAGGAGCUCUUCGACACCGAAAUCGAGCGAAGAGUUGGCCGCAUGCAGAAAGUCAUCGAGUUGGCCAGAGUAUCUCGGGAACGCCGGACCAUUGGAUUGAAGACGCCACUCAAGACACUGGUUGUACUUCAUCACGACCAAACUUACUUGGACGAUGUCAAAUCUUUGGAGACAUAUAUCCUAGAGGAACUCAAUGUCCGCGACCUCGUGCUGACAUCCGAUGAGGAGAAAUACAACGUCCAAUAUUCUGUCACGGCAGACUGGCCUGUCCUCGGAAAGAAGCUGAAGAAAGACAUGGCAAAGGUCAAGAAGGCAUUGCCAAAUGUCACGAGUGAUGAGGUCAAGCAAUACAAAGAGUCAAAGUCCAUUGUCGUCGAUGGCAUACGGCUUGAGGAAGGCGACCUAAGGGUGAAACGCGAUCUGAAGCAGGGCGAGUCGCAAACCCUCGAGACCAACACAGACGACGACGUGCUCACCAUUCUGGACACCGAGAUGUAUGCGGAUCUUGCUCACGAAGGUGUUGCCAGAGAGAUUCUCAAUCGAGUGCAACGUCUUCGUAAGAAGGCCGGCCUCCAGAGCACCGACGAUGUGAAGAUGGAGUACCAUGUUCUCUCGGACCCGGAGAACAUCGGUAUCGAGGAGGUUUUCGUGACUCAAAGCCCUUCUCUUGAGAAAGCGUUGCGAAGGCCAAUCGACAAGCAUGUGGUCACGCAUGUUGAUGGUGAGAUACCCAAGGGAAAGCAGGAUGGCAUGAUUGCAGAGGAAGAGCAAGAGGUGCAAAAGGCAACCUUUAUGAUCAGACUACUCAAACUAUGA